GCUUCCAUGUGUGGAAUUUCCUGCAGCUACAAGUGCAAAGCUCCAGGAAACAAAAGAUUGCUGAAUCGAGGUCCUGACCAUCAAUGCUCAUCGUCAUUGAAUGAUGUUGUCUUGAACGCAUACAUAUUGUAUGUGCAGGGAGCUUGUAAACAACCUUGUUCAAGAGAUGGUUGUCAUCUUAUUUACAACGGGCAAAUCUUUCAGUAUCCUCAGAGUUAUGAAAGUGAUACAGAAUAUUUGCUGGAUCUAGUGACAAAAGAUGACGUCCCUUCAGCUGCAAGUUGUAUACUGGGUCCUUCAACUGCUAUAAUGUAUGAUGAAAAUAAGAGGAACUUGUGGUUUUGGAGAGAUUAUUUUGGACGGAGAUCGUUACUUAUUUCAAGACAGGAGGUUGGAUAUGUACUAAGUUCAGUGGGUGAUGCAGAAAAUGAUUGGUUGGAGGUACCUGCUGGUGGAGUGUUCUGUUUAUCGGAUAGCAACUUGACGUGUUUCCCUUUUGAUGGGCGCGAGGAGCAAUGUCAAACCUUUGGGACGACUUUAUUUGAGUCAGUUUUUAUAUCAGAAGAAACAAUACCUUGCCCUGUUUCCCCACUUAACACAAGUUUUGGUCCUCCUGAAGAACUAGAUUGGGAGUCAACUUGUUCCAUAUUUCUUGAACUUCUGUGUGAGUCAGUGCGACUGAGGGAUGAGUGCUGCAAGCUUCCCCUCUCAUUUACCAAGGACUCCCUAUCAGAUUACACUGCUCGACACUGUUUCUGUACUAGUGAUGUAAAGUGUAAUGUACAUGGAAUAGAGACUGGAGGGUCUCCAACGCUAGAGUUGCUGUUUUUCAGUGGUGGUAUUGACUGUACUGUACUAGCCGCGCUCUUGCACAGGUCAGUGCCGUCAUGUGAACCUAUAGAUCUGCUGAACGUCUCUUUUGGUAACUGUGAUAAGACUCCUGAUAGGAUAUCAGCUAUUGCUUCCCUCCAAGAUUUACAAACAAUUGCUCCUGAUAGGACCUGGAAUCUAAUCAAGGUGGACGUGUCUGUAGAAGAGCUCCAGCGAGCUCGGGAACACCACAUCCGAGAUCUAUUAUAUCCUCACAACACUGUUAUAGACGACAGUAUAGGGUGUGCUCUCUGGUUUGCUGCAAGAGGUGCAGGUCUUUGUCAGGAUGAUCACAUGAUCAGCUCAGCUCGUCUACUCUUUUCCGGUAUUGGAGCAGAUGAACUGAUGGGAGGUUACUCCCGUCACAGAGGUGCGUGGCAGAACGGGGGUGGUUUAGAGGGUGUUCUCAGAGAGAUACAACUUGAUAUUGGCAGGAUCUCAGAAAGGAACCUGGGUCGAGAUAACAGAGUGAUAGGUGAUCACAUGAGAGAUUGUGUGGCCCCAUUUUUAGAUGAGAGUUUUGUGUCUUACCUGAACCCUCUUCCUAUUCAAUACAAGGUUGAUUUCACCCUACCCCGUGGACAAGGAGAAAAGAUAAUUCUGAGGAAAGUAGCACAGACCCUAGGUCUGGCUACCAGUAGUGUACUACCCAAAAAAGCAAUACAGUUCGGCAGUAAGAUAGCCAAGUUAGAGGGAAAGAAGGAGAAAGGGGGUGAUGUCUGCAGAAGACUCACGAAAAAGGGAUAAACUUAGUCCACAAUCACGAGAGAUAUUCUCAAUUUGAUUAAAUAAAUUAUCAUAUCAGUACAGAGGGGUUGUCAUAACAACAAUUUGCUCGUGGCUAGAGAUUGUUUCAGUUUUGACUCGAAAUGAUAUGCGGGAUUCGUUACAUGCGUGCGAACUGCGAAGGGGUCAAGGAUCUUAUCCCUGGCGUGUUCCCAAAACGUAUUACAUAUAUAUCAUAUUACUACCGACAUCCCAAAAGGGUGACGAACUGUAUUAUUAUAAUAUAGAGUUCCACUCCCAAAAUCACACUGAAUGAUGUACAAUGUUAAGAUUUGGUCGAGUGCCAGGUGUUUAGCGAUACGUAGGGCGGCUCUCUUAUUUCAUUAGCCAUAACUCAACACUAAGCUUUUCUUCUUGAUGUGUCUCUGAGCAGUUUUAGUCCUCACUCCUUGCAAUUAGAUGCUCGCCCGACCAGGGCCUUCGUGGAACCGGAUGUAAAAGAUCAAUUUGUGUGAUUCUGCGGUAUCUUCAAUUUUUUUUUAUCUCAUGUUAUUUAUCUUUGGGGUUUGCAAUUGGGUCUUAUUCCUUAGUUAGUGUAUGUUGUGGCAGUAUUGUUUACUACUGACCAGGGUUAUGUUUUCAAACUA